AUGUUGAAAAUAGGACUCGAAAUACAUGCACAGCUAAAGUCCAGCAGAAAGCUGUUUUCUCUUUCUAAAAACACAACGUCGCUUCUGGACGUCCAUCCAAACACCACGACCUCGUUUUUUGAUGUAAGUCUACCGGGAACGCAGCCCAAGCUCAACAAAGAGCCGCUACUUCUUGCACUCAAAACGGCUCUCGCUCUCAACUGUUCGAUAAGUGAAGUCUCGACUUUCGAUCGAAAACACUACUUUUAUGGAGACCAGCCUCUUGGCUACCAGAUCACACAGCACUACCAGCCAAUCGCUAGGAAUGGCUACCUCAAUUUGACCAAGUACGACCUCCCGAAGGAAAAAACAAUUCGCAUAGAACAGAUCCAGAUCGAGCAGGACACUGGUCGAACCUUGUACAAAGAAAAAGGCCGCAGUUACGUGGAUUUCAACAGAUCCAAUAUCCCUUUGAUAGAAAUGGUGACAAAACCAGAUUUUUCCAGUGUCGAGGAGGUACGAGCUUUCAUUAAAAAAUUCCAGCAGACUUUGGUAAAUCUCGGAGUUUGCACUGGAGAAUUGGAAACAGGUGCAAUUAGAGUAGAUGUGAACUUGUCUGUGGACAAUAACAGUAGGAUUGAAAUUAAAAACUUACCCACAACAUCAGCUAUUGUCGCGGCAAUCCGUUACGAAUAUAAAAGACAGUGUCGACUGAUCGAAAAAGGUGAGCCAGUUACAGAGGUCGAGACGCGAGGGUGGGAUGGAAAGAAAACACAGAAAUUGCGUUCAAAAGAAGACGCAAUCGAUUACCGCUACAUGCCGGACCCUGAACUUCCAGCAAUCAGACUGAAAGUCAAAGACAUUGUGCCCAAGAUUCGCGCCACGCUGCCACCGUCUGUGGACGAACAAUUGCAGGAAGUUCUUCAGAAGUACGACAUAAAGCUUAGAGAUGCCAACAUCCUAUUGGCUGACAACGAACUGAUGGAUUACUACAAAGAACUUUACAAUAAAUGUGUUCAAUCAGGAGUGCCUAACCCUAUAAACUGGCUCACACAUGAGCUUCUCGGAAGUUUGAGCAAAUCCAACAUGGCGUUCGAAAAGUCAGUGCUCGAGGUAGAUAAAUUCGUGGAGCUUUUGGUUGCGUUGCAAGAUGGGCUGAUGACUAAGACGAACGGAAAGCUAUUGCUCAUGCAUCUUAUCAACAACCCACAAGAUCAGAAAGUGCCAAUUCCUCAGCUCUUGGAUGAAUUCGAUCUCACCAAGACAGACGAAACAGAGUUGCUGGAUCAAGUGACCGAUAAAGUCAUGUUUGAAAACCCUAGCGUGGUGGAACAAAUCAUGGGAGGAAAGCCCAAAAAGCUAAACUACCUUAUCGGACUUUGUAUGAGAGCCAGCGAGGGGAAAUUCGACCCAAAACUGAUUGAGGAUAAACUGAAAGAGAAGCUGUCAAUCUUGCCAAAUACUACCAAAACAUGAAAUCAAUAUUCGUUAACUGCGAUGCAAUUAAACCUUGCCUCUUAGUCCCGCUAGAGCAUCUCCUCGACGCCUUCCAACUGUCCAAACGUGUUCUCUCCGCUGUAUAGAAUAUACAAGAACCCGUCUUCAUCUUUAUAUUGUUCAUAGACCGUACUCAUUAGCGACGCUGUUGGGGGGAGUAUAUCGUUCACAAAGAUGAAAAUGGCUUUCUCUGAUGGCAGCUGAAUUCUCUUUCUAAUCACGUAAACAAACUGGCCCACGGUUAGAUCGGAUGGAACCAGAUAUUUGCGCUUAUCAAUUUCAGGGAUGUCGCUCUCUUCGACCUUCUCACAAAUGACUGGAAUCCUGUCUAGAAACUUGCCUCUGAUCCUAGAAGCCUCUGCCUUUCUACGCUCUAGCGACGUUAGUAAUGGUAUGCGCCAUAAUUACUUACCAAAAGGGUGCUCGUCUUUGAAUUGGGAUCUCAUUUUGUAUACGGUGAUUGACGCCAAAUGAAAUAUACGUAAUGUUUCUCGUUUGUUUACACUUCCUGUAGUAUUGCAAAGAAAGGAACUUGUUUUCCCCUCGAUAAGGGCAAAUUAAUUUUGACACACGAUAAGAGUGGCACGCGCUGCAGAUGGCAGUACAAAAACAAUUCGGCGCGACGAUCGUCCAUCUAUUUUAAUAUACAAUAUUAUAUCAAUCGGAAAGCAGGUAUGAGAGAAUUGUCAACAGAAUCAAUAAAGGCAGAGACCAGUAAAUGUAGUCGUAUGAUCGUUCAGCCUUUAUGCUCAGCGGCACCAUAGUCUCAUCAUCCACCAUCUUUUGCGACGGGUACAUGGCAGGCUUGGAAUCUUCAGAGGCAUCGUUCUGCUCUAUUUCAGCCUCUAUAAUACGAUCAGGUUGUGUGUGCUUGUUUUCGUUUCCCAGCAAGACCUGGCGCAGCCGUCUCAGGCGCAAUUCUCUUGGUGACAAAGCGUGUUUAUCUGCAGUUGACCGACUCUCUAAAGACCCUG